ACCGUAUUCGCAGAUGGGCGCGAGAGAAAGCCCACGGCCGAGCCCCUUCGACCACCGAAUUUCACAAGCAGCCAUCCCGACAGGGCACCAACGGGUCCGGAACCCGAUCAAUUGCGCCCAGUGCUCACUCGGGCACAACAGCCGGUGGAAACAAUCUCAGCAGCACCCGCGAUGAUGCUGCCAUCAACACCCUCGACCCCCCGCCGUCCACCCUAGACGGCGGCGGCAUAGAAAGCUCCAAGCCUGCAGAUGACUACAAACAAAAAAAUGUCGCCGCGCGCUUCGGAAUCACGGUCAAGGAGAUUUUGUUCUCCAACUACCUGAAUGUGCUUCUCGUUUUUGUCCCCGUCGGGAUCGCGGCGCGCUUUGCACAUUUGUCCGGUGGCAUCAUUUUUGCCAUGAACGCCAUCGCAAUUGUGCCCUUGGCUGGACUGCUGUCUCAUGCGACCGAGAGCGUCGCACGUAGACUUGGCGACACUGUCGGCGCGUUGCUGAAUGUCACUUUUGGUAACGCUGUGGAGCUGAUCAUCUUCAUCAUUGCUCUUGUAAAGAAUGGCAACACGGAUCUUGCGGACGACAAGGUUCUGCAGGUAUCUCGAGGUACCAGUGUGAUUCUGCUACUGGUGUAUGCCCUCUACCUUGUGUUCCAGUUGAGAUCACAUGCCUACAUGUACGAAUCUACGCCUCAGCAUAUCAUUGAUCAGGAGAUGGUACCCGGACCAGCAGCCAACUACUUCAACUCUUCGGGCUCCGAUUCUUCGAGCUCCUCAUCUUCCGACACGGACUCUUCGGGGCGUUCACGCAGCACGGCCAAACGUAUCAAGAGGAAAAUCAAGCGAGCCACUACCAGGAAGCAUAGUAUCUCUUCCCAGAGUACUGGGCCAUCUGCUGAAGGCUCCUCUACUGCUGAAAAAGUCGCCAGCCGAGACGAGCCAGUUUCUGCUCAGCCAUCACCGGACAUUGUUUUGGUUCCGUCCGAACUUGUCGAGGCAGUUCCGGCCGAUGACGAGGGAGAGGGAGGUUCAGGCGCAGAACGUCAGCUCAAGAAGGAUCGCAAACGAAGAAAGCAUCAUAAGCGUCGCCGUUCCAGUGGCGCAGUAUCUUCCAGGAAGAAUGAGCAGCAGAAGUCUGUGGCCGCACCAAAAACCAAUCCAGCCAUUGCAGACACCGAUGGAGAGCCGCGUCGCGUAGACUUUGCCGUUUCGCCCAGUAUUGAGGCUCAGACAGAAAUCCCACAGCGACCAUUCCUCCUUCGAGCUUUGCGACCGACGCUUUCCAAGACCAUGUCACAGAAUGUCUUUUCCCAGCCUCCGCCGCAAAACUCACCAUCGAUCGGUCAUGCGGCAGCGUCAUCAACCAGCCAGAGCCAUCGGGGACCCCGGCGUGCGUCGUCUCUGCCGAACUUUGAACAGACACAGCGUCUGGCACCUGGUGCUAUACCGCCCAUAAUCCCAGUCAUUGUGAAUAGUCACCAACGAACCCAGGUAGCGGGCGAGGACGGCGGCGGCAUAAGCAAGCGUCAAGACGAGGAGGAUGAGCAUCAUGAUAUUUCGCGAACCACAGCCGUGCUGCUCCUACUCGUGUCGACAGGGCUCGUCGCAGUGUGCGCCGAGUUUAUGGUAGACGCCAUCAAUGAGGUGGUGCACGAGGGAUCGGUCGUGUCAGAGGCCUUUAUCGGUCUUAUCCUCCUGCCUAUCGUGGGCAAUGCGGCCGAGCACACCACGGCCGUGACAGUAGCAAUGAAGAACAAGAUGGAUCUGGCAAUCGGCGUCGCCUUGGGCAGCUCUAUUCAGAUCGCAAUCUUCAUCACACCGCUCGUCGUCAUUCUAGGGUGGUGCAUGGGCAAGGAGAUGUCCCUAUACUUUACGCUGUUCGAAACGGUCAGCAUGUUCGUGAGCGCGUUCAUCGUCAACUUCCUCGUGCUUGACGGGCGGAGUAAUUAUCUGGAGGGUGCUUUGUUAUGUUGCGCGUAUGUCAUCAUUGCGGUUGCCGCCUUCUUUUAUCCGAAUGCUGAGGCGGCCAAUCUGCUAGGCGGUGGCAGCGACUCACACAACACGACAGCGACGUCGACGGCGGCGGCGGCGACAACCGCUGCAGCUACGGUGGCUGGACGUGCGAUGAAGUUCACACUCAGCAGUGCCGCCGCGGCCGCGGCGGCGCUCGCCACGCUGACCGGGGCGUCGCCGACGGCCUCGCCGCUCGAGAAGCGGGCCGGCAUGUACGACGGCUACAAGGUCUACCAGCUAGACGUGGGCUCCGACGCGGCCAAGUACGACGCCGUGACGGCCGCCAUCAACCAGAUGCCGUCGGUGGUCUCGCUGGCCUGCGACGACCGCCACGACCACAUCGACGUCGCCGUGUCGCCCGACUCGGUCGCCACGCUCGAGGCGCUGGGGGUCGAGAUGAAGCUGAUCAACGAGGACCUGGGCCGCGACAUUCGCGCCGAGGGCGAGACCAAGCCCUACGUGCGCACCAUCAAGAGGCGCGACGAGGCCGCCCCGCUGCCCGACAUGUCGUACUUUGACUCGUACCACGUCCUCGAGGAGCACUUUGCCUUUCUGGAGGACCUGCAGGCCGCCUUCCCCGACAACUCGGAGACUUUUGUCGCGGGAAAGUCGCUCGAGGGGAGGGACAUUAUGGGCAUCCACCUCUGGGGCAAGGCGGGCAAGGGGACGAAUGAGGCUGUGGUCUGGCACGGUACCGUUCACGCUCGCGAGUGGAUCACUGCACCGACCGUCGAGUACAUGGCGUACAAGCUCGUCUCUGGCUAUCUCAAGAGCAAGUGCUCCGUGAACAUCCUGGACCAGUACGACUUUUACAUCAUCCCUGUCGUCAACCCUGAUGGUUUCGUCUACACGCACACCACCAACCGCCUCUGGCGCAAGAACCGCCAAGUGCGCCCCGGAGCCUCGUGCGUGGGCACCGACGUGAACCGCAACUGGCCCAACCAGUGGGACGUACCCGGCGGCAGCUCGACCAACAGCUGCUCCGAGACGUACCGCGGCGAGGCGCCGGGCGACACACCCGAGAACAAGGUGCUGGUCGAGCACCUGGUGGCCGUCAACGCCGCGCAGGGCGUCAAGUUCUACGUCGACUGGCACUCGUACUCGCAGCUCAUCCUGCUGCCCUACGGCUACAGCUGCACCGCCGUGGUGGACGGCCUGGAGCGCCAGAUGGAGCUGGCCGCCGGCGUCGCGGCCGCCAUCAAGGCCACCAACGGGCUCGACUUCGUCUACGGCCCCACCUGCACCACCAUCUACCAGACCGCCGGCGGCAGCAACGACUGGGUCGCCGAUGUGCUCGGCUCCGAGCUGCCGUGGGCCUUUGAGAUGAGGCCCCAGGACGCCGCGCAGGGCGGCUUCGUCAUCUCCCCCGACAACAUCGUGCCCAGCGGCGAGGAGAUCUGGGCUGGCAUGAAGAACCUGUUCAAGAACUGGUAG